AGAGUCCUUCGAUUACAUGAUUGACACCGGCUUGGAAACCAUGCUCAGCCACAUCAAGCCCGUCGAAAUUUUCGACCCUUUCACUUCCACAAAGCUUAGAGUCUCGUUGAGUGGUGCGGUGGUGGAUGAGCCUUCGAAGGAGCGAAUUUCAAGGAAAAUGCGGGCUCCUUUGUAUCCAUUUGAGUGUAGACAAGCUGGAAUUUCUUAUACAGGGAAGUUCAUGUUGGAUGUAUGCUUUCAAUAUAAUGAUAACCCAAGUGUUGUAAGAGAACGUGUUAGUUUUGGAGAGCUUCCCAUAAUGCUACAGUCAAAGAAAUGCAAAUUGAAAGGUGCUAAUAAAGAAAAGCUGGUGUCCUGCAAGGAAGAGGCUUCAGAAAUGGGUGGUUACUUCAUUUUGAAUGGCCUUGAGAGAGUUAUUCGUCUAUUAAUUAUGCCAAAACGGAACUAUCCAAUGAGUAUGGUGCGGAAUUCAUUUAGUGACCGGCGAGAGGGAUAUACCGAUAAAGCUGUUGUAAUAAGGUGUGUAAGAGCAGAUCAAUCAUCAGUAACAGUAAAAUUGUAUUAUCUUCGUAAUGGGAGUGCAAGAAUAGGAUUCUGGAUGAAAGGAAGGGAAUACUUGCUUCCUGUGGGCAUUGUUUUAAAGGCCCUAAUUGACACCACAGACCGUGAAAUUUAUGUAAAUUUGACAAGCUGCUAUAAUGAGAAGUACGGAAAGGGAAAGGGUACUGUUGGGACUCACCUUGUCGGUGAAAGGGCAAAAAUAAUUUUAGAUGAAGUUCGAGAUUUGUCCCUUUUCACUCGCCUUCAAUGUCUAGAGUAUAUUGGAGAGAAUUUCCGGCCUAUUAUGACUGGACUUGAAAAUGACAGCUAUCCUGUUGUGGCUGAUGCUGUUUUAGUGGACUACAUAUUUGUUCAUCUGGAGAAUAAUUUUGACAAAUUCAAUCUGCUAAUCUUCAUGUUGCAGAAACUUUUCUCACUUAUAGAUCAGACAUCAGUACCUGACAACCCUGAUUCCUUGCAAAAUCAGGAGGUUUUACUCCCUGGCCAUCUGAUUACACUUUAUCUUAAGGAAAAACUGGAAGAUUGGCUGCAAAGAGGAAAAAAGCUUGUUCAAGAUGAGAUCAAGGAAAAAAGCAAGAACUUUGAUAUCGGCAACAUUAGGCAAGUAAAAAAUCUUUUUGAGAAAAAUCCACCAAGGCAUAUCGGUACAACCAUUGAAAAUAUGUUGAAAACUGGAAGAUUAAACACACAGACGGGUCUAGAUCUGCAGCAGAGGGCAGGCUAUACAGUUCAGGCUGAAAGGUUGAACUUCUUACGUUUUCUUUCACAUUUUCGUGCUGUUCAUCGAGGGGCCUCAUUUGCUGGGCUACGUACUACAACUGUCAGGAAGCUUUUGCCUGAAUCUUGGGGUUUUCUUUGCCCUGUGCACACUCCUGAUGGAGAGCCCUGUGGAUUGUUAAACCACAUGACAUGCACUUGCAGGAUUACUUCAUUCAUCGAUCCUCUAGGAAGAGACUAUUUUAAGAUAAAAAAAGAUAUCCUCGAUGUUUUAACUGAGGUUGGAAUGAUACCAUCUUUGCCAAAGCUAGUUCUUCCUGGCCCACCUGAAUUACUAACUGUUCUUUUAGAUGGUUGUAUUGUUGGUGGUAUACCUUCCAGUGAAGUUGAGAAAGUUGUGGCUCACAUAAGACGAUUUAAAGUGUCAUCUGCUGGAGUGAUUCCUGAUCAUCUGGAAGUGGGUUAUGUUCCAUUGAGCAUGGGUGGAGCAUAUCCUGGUCUAUACCUGUUCACAUCCCCCUCAAGGUUUGUUCGGCCAGUGAGAAAUAUAUCAUUUCCUUCAGAUGGAAGUGAAAACAUCGAACUUAUUGGGCCAUUUGAACAGGUUUUUAUGGAGAUAAGAUGUCCUGAUGGAGGAGAUGGAGGAAGGAAAAGUUCAUUCCCUGCAACUCAUGAGGAAAUUCAUCCAACAGGAAUGCUUAGCGUAGUGGCUAAUCUUACUCCUUGGUCAGAUCAUAAUCAGAGCCCAAGAAAUAUGUACCAGUGUCAGAUGGCAAAGCAAACAAUGGCAUUCUCUUCACAAGCAAUUCAACAUCGUGCAGAUCAAAAAUUGUAUCACCUUCAGACUCCCCAGAGUCCCAUUGUGCGCACAGGUGCAUAUACCAAGUAUUGCAUUGAUGAAUUUCCAACAGGAACAAAUGCAAUAGUUGCAGUUCUGGCAUAUACAGGAUAUGAUAUGGAGGAUGCCAUGAUUUUAAACAAGUCAUCAGUGGAACGUGGGAUGUUUCACGGACAAAUAUAUCAGACUGAAACUAUUGACCUGACUCAAAUGGGUAGAAAGUCAGGCAAGUCAAGCCAAACCCCAAGAAUGUUCAGAAGAAGCAACAUAAACAAAUUUGGUUGUACACUUGAUGCAGAUGGCCUUCCACAUGUUGGCCAGUUCAUACGACCGGAUGAACCCUACUGUAGCAUUUAUAAUACAGAAAGGAGUUCUGUGCAAACCUUAAGAAAGAAGGGUACGGAACCUGUUUAUGUUGAUUAUGUUGCUGUUGAUGUCAAAAACAAGAAGGAUCUUCAGAAGGUCAACAUACGGUUCCGACAGCCUCGGAAUCCUAUCAUUGGUGAUAAAUUUAGUAGUAGGCAUGGGCAAAAAGGUGUUUGCUCUCAGUUGUGGCCAGACAUUGAUAUGCCAUUUUGUGGAACUACGGGGAUGCGCCCAGAUCUCAUAAUCAAUCCGCAUGCAUUUCCUUCCAGAAUGACAAUUGCAAUGCUUUUGGAGUCUGUUGCUGCUAAGGGAGGCAGCUUACAUGGAGAAUUUGUAGAUGCAACUCCAUUUCGUGGUUCAGUGAAUAAAAAUGAUGGGGAGUCUGAAUCAAAAUCAGGUUCACUUGUCGAUGACCUUGGUCUUAUGCUAAGAAAAAAAGGAUUCAAUUAUCAUGGUUUGGAGGUUCUGUAUAGUGGGGUUUAUGGAACAGAAUUAACGUGUGAGAUCUUUAUUGGGCCUGUUUAUUACCAGCGGUUACGUCAUAUGGUUUCGGACAAAUAUCAGGUUCGAUCUACUGGAACAACUGACCAGCUCACCAAACAGCCAAUCAAAGGACGAAAACGUGGUGGGGGAGUUCGAUUUGGAGAAAUGGAACGCGACUCUCUACUUGCGCAUGGGGCUGCAUAUCUUUUGCACGAUAGGUUGCACACCUGUUCUGAUUAUCACAUUGCUGAUGUAUGUUCCCUUUGUGGGAGCUUGCUUACAACAGUAUUCAUCCAACCCCAGAAGCGGCCGGUGCGGGCGAUCGGGGGGCUUCCACCUGGAAGAGCUCCAAAGAAGAUCAUGUGUGAUGCAUGCCAAACAAGUAAAGGCAUGGAGGCAGUUGCAAUGCCGUAUGUAUUCAGAUACUUGGCAGCAGAGCUUGCAGCCAUGAACAUAAAAUUAACUCUUAAGCUAAGUAAUCAAGCUGGAGCCUGAUAUGGCGAAGUAUGCUUAGCAUGACAGCGUGUUAAGAUUAUUAUUUAUGGGAGCUCAUAUGCUUGCUCCCGUCACUGGGAGUAAAAGUUUUCCAAGUCAUGCAAUCUUGAUUUCUGUUGGUUUCGACGAACAGAUCCAGAUAGUAACAUAGUAAGGAAAGUUUUGACGUUUUCACAUUCAUCUAUGUAUUGUUGUCAAUGUAAAAUAUUAGCUAAAUUAUUUAGUGUUGCUGAAUUUUUAUUUUCUUUUGUAAAAUGUGACAUAAAGAAAACUCGAAGUGAAAGAAGUCUGCUAUUUGUAUUUUAAUUUUUAUUAUUGAUUAGAGAUUUCC